UAGUACUUUGUCUAAAUAUUUUGUUAAUUUAUAGUUAAAUCCAUAUAUUCUAUGUAAAACAAAAUAUAAUUAUAAUUAAAAUAUGAACAAAAGGAAUAAUGAAAGUGAUUCCGAGAACGAAUGGACAAGUUCAGACGGGUCAAAAUAUUCUGACACAGAAAGCUCCGUUCCCGAGUGGGAUUCUGAUGUUGGAGAGGAUGGGGAAUUGGUACACAUUAAACUAAAAGUGGCAGAAUCAAAAGACGAUUCUAAGGUUCCUUUGCUUGAGAACUGUGAAACUUUCAAACUAAGAAGUAAUUUCAAGAGGUCUUCAACAAGACGGUCUAAUAAAGGCAGAAUUUUUAAAGUAUUAAAAUCAAGAAAAAGCAAGAGUAAAGAUGCUGCAAUUAAUAAAAACAAUUAUAUUGAAGAUAACAAUAGAUUUGUUGUCAUCCAGGUCAGCAAAAAUAUGAUAUUUACUAGUGAAAAGGAUUGCCAGAUAGAAAAACUAUUUGGUAUAAGUCUAGAAACACACUCUGAUGGUAAAUCGUUAGUGGUUGCAAGUUUUUUACCUGAGGCUAAAGCUAUUUACACACCUAAAGUGAAAAUUGGUUACAUUCUUCAAAAAAUUAAUGGCACAGAAGCAACAUCAUACAACAUUAAUGACAUUCUCCAGAAGGUUGUAGAAGACAUAGACAAUCCAAAACUUACAUUCCAAGUAGUCACAGGAUAUCAAACAAUAGAUUUGAACAAGUUACUAACCAAGAGUAUUGUGGAUAAUUCUCAAGUACAGCUAUUAAAGGAUUCAAUGGUGUCCGUAUUAUACAUGUGUUGCAAUGAUUCGGAAUACCAAGGGAAUGAUGACAAAGGAGUACUCUACUGUUUUCCAAGACCGUAUAAUCAGAACUUUCUCUAUAACACUAGAGGGGCGUACGUAACUUUGAAUCAUUUAGCACCAAAAUCACUAGGCACAAGCCAACCGAGAAUAUCAUCCAUUAUUCAAAACGACACACUUAUAAACAUAGCAUAUUGCCCUCAUCACACCAAUUUGUUUCUUAUAGCUGUGCCAAAUAAAUUGUUUGAUGUCUUCUCUAUAAAGUAUGUUAUGGCAGAUGUUGUUAGACUGAUAGAGUUUCUGUAUGGCUCAUUGAAGACCUGUUUCACAAAACCUAAUAAUGUUGACAAACUGGAUGGUUUAUUUUCGAGAAUUUUCUCAAUGUUCAUAUAUGGGAGAAAUGAUACGUCCAAGAAUAGUUUUACAUUUGAAGAUGUUUUGGCGGCACAAAGUAUAUCACUACCGUUGGAAGUCAGAAUGCAAGUUGACAAUGCUUUAAUGGAACUCGGAGCAGCUGAUUACAAAGAAUGGACAGAUGAUGUUGAGAACUUUCAAAGAUUAUACACGGUCGUUGGUGAAUGUCUGUAUUACUCUGGCCACUUACUCAGCUCACACCUACAAGAUGAUGAUUUGAAAGAGAUUAACGCUUUCUUGAAACUUAAUGGCAUAUUAAAGUUAAGCAGCGAGAAGGAUUUGGAUAAACUUGUGAUCUGGAAAGAAGUAUUCAUACAUGAAAGUAGGAAUCAAAAGAAUACAGAUUCUGAAUACAGUAUUCCAGAUGGUCGCUGGUUUCUGCUGGUUGUAGGUAAUGGUCAUUUCAUACUGGCAACUCUAAUGGAAGCAGGCGGGUGUACCGAAGAUGCUAUUGGCGUGACACCACCUUCGCCGUUUUAUGUGGAGGAGUGUGAAAGCUGUCUCGAAUUGUUAUUUGAAGUUGGUCUAGACAAGUACUUAGUCUCUUGGUUCGCUUCAAACAUACAGCCGCAAGUUGAAACGUCGCCAGAAUAUUUGACGAAAUAUGGAAGAAAAAUACGGGACAUAAGUGCGUCAAAAUCGGACCUAAUCAAAUCAGCAACUUUGAAACUGUCAAAAUCUCAGAAUGACAUAAAGAAGCGACUGUCAUCGGAACAGAUUGCGUCCAUAGACAAUAUUAUGAUCAGCAAGCACCACAGUAGCAGCCAGCACAGCUUACACGCGCAGUGGUAUAACGCACCCAAACAGUACCGUUCUAGCGUCGAUGUUAGCUAUUCCGAAGAUUCUGGAAGCUUGAAGAGCAAUAGCGAAAUAAGUGAAGACCGCAUAGUGGGUAGACGGGCGGAUAGAGAGCAAAAGAGUAGACGCAACUCAUCCGGAUCCGACUCAGAUUGGGAGAGAAGGGAUGGGAGCAGAACUAGUAUGGAUAUGUCGGAUAUAAGAAAGUCUUUGCUCGACGAAAUAGACAAUGCGACAGCACAAAGAAUAACAGUUGGCGAGGAGAAUGUUCUAUUUCAUUUCGUGCAUUUAGAAUCAGAGAAAGGGAUUUUGAUUGCUCCGAUUAAAAACAUAGAGGUUCAAGCCAAUAACGUUUUAUACUCGUACAUACUGACAACAUUCAGGAGUGCUGUAAAGAAAAUACAUGAAAUACUACAGAAUGGUAUUAAGUUCAAGAAAAAUCAAACUCCAUCUUUGAAUAAAAUAUUAGUCGCUGUCAAAGAAUACGGGUGCCUUUUCGAAGCGCCUCAGGAUGUGCUGAAUCGGUGUGGCGUUAGCAAGAAAAACUUGGAACCAUUCCGUUUCUGGGUUGUUGGGCGUGUAUUCAGUGAGCCGGAGCCGAGAGAACUGUAUUUGUGCUAUCAUGAAUCUGUGCCGCAAGAUCUAACGGAAGUUGCCUAUCUUCUCUCAUAUUUGGAAUAGACAAAACUUUUUAUCAUUUACGGCUCCUCACGUGGACCCAUGAUGGAUUUACAUCAAUAAUUGUCAGGGCCCUCGUAAGGGUUACUGGCGCCUGUGUGCAAAAAAAGGUUUUUGGCGCCCCUUUAGGCAAAU